UGAUUAGGGCAGAGAAUACGAUACAAGUUCGUAGGGCACCACUGGAAUACAGAGCUUAUACGCUAAGAAAAAAAAAUCCAAAUUGCUUUAUUUUUUUCCGGUGCUUCAAGAUUUGUGAGAAUACAGGUGGCACCCAUCUAGGAUGGUGCCUCACGCGCUGAGGAUUGGGGCUCUGCCCCAGAGAAUUUUUUUCCGAAAAUGACACCUCCCCUCUCCCGCCGCAUCACGAACAACGACAAAAUUGGCCACGCGUUUUGCUUGCCAGGUAGUGGGCCGAGGACCGAAGCCGAUGCCGAAGCCGAACCUCAGUCCAGCCCAUUUGUUUAAGGCUCACGUGAACCGCAGGCUGCUACGCCAUUUUGGUAAAAGUGCACCGAAGGUCCCUCGACUUGUCAUCGAGAUACCAAAGCGUCUUCGAACUGCAAAACCAGAUACACAGGGUCCCUUAACUAUAUAAAACCGGUCACCUAACGUCCUUCGGUGAUUUUCACCCCGGUUUUGGUCUACGUGGCGGCUGAGUUAGCGUGGGACCCACGUGGGCCCCACAUGUCAGCUGGCCACGUCAUCACCCUCUCUUUCCCCUUUUCUCUUUCUCUGUUUCUCUCCUUCCUCACUCUCGCUCUCUCUCGCAGGGCAUGGGGCUGCUGCAGCAAGGGUGCCCACGGCGGCGCGCACGCCCGGAGAAUGGUGCGGCCGGCGACGGCGGCUCCCGGGCCGACGCGAGCUUCCCCCAGGCGGCACACGGGCUCGGGGCGGCGGGGUCGGCGUCGUCAGCAGCGGCGAGGAACGGUUCGUCGUCGUCGUCGUUGUUGUCGAGGAGGCUGAGGAGGUCGUCGGCCGUGGAGAUGAUGAGGGAGUGGGAGCGGCGGCGGGCGCGGAAGCGGCGGCCGCUGGGCGGGGAGGUGGCGGGCGGGACGGCGGCGGAGUGCGCCGCGGUUUUCUGCUGCUUCCCCUUCACCGUCGUUGAGCUCGUCGUCCUAGCGGCCGUCCGCGUCCCCGCCGCGCCAUUCGAGGUGGCGCUGCCGCCGCGUCCACUCGGCCUUGUCGUCGGCGGCGGCUCCGAGCGCAAGCGGAGCAAGGCGGGCGAAGCAAAGCGGCGGAGGGGCGAGGCUCAGGGUCCAUACGCGGCUGCGCUAAAAGCGGCGCACCUCGCACCCGACGAGCUGGCGCGCCUCAUGCUCCAUCACUGCUCCAUGGGAGCAGCCGCCAUACCCUCUCCCUUUCCCUCUAUAGCCUGGUAAGCAUCCCGUCCAACCCAGUCCCAAAAUUUGUCUCCCUGCAAACGAACACAAUCAGGAAGAAACGGAACACCACAGGGAGCAAAGCAAGCAUCCCAUCCAACCCAGUCCCAAAAUUCGUCUCCCUGCAAACCACCGCGCAGCAAACGAACACAAUCAGAAAGAAACGGAACACCACAGGGAGCAAAUAGAGCAACGAUGCCAAGCAGGAACCCACGUCUCCUUCGUCUCCGGCUGGCGCCCGGACAGCGACGCCAGCUCCUCCCCGUCACCGUCGCCCAGCUCUUCCCCCGCCGCCCACGCCCGCCGCACCGACCUGCCGUGCCCAGGUGCUUCCCCGGCGGCCAAUGAUUCGAUCCAAUCCGGCGAGAGAGAAAGGGAGAGGAUGUUGCUGGGGUCAGCGGCGCUUCUUUUCUUUCUUCUAUCCACUUCUCUUCUGGCCACCGGCAGCAGAUGGGGAGAGGCGGCCGUCGACGCCUCCGCGCCUCUCGGCCUUGUCGGCAGCGGCGGCGUCGUCCUCCACCAUCUUUGCCCUCCUCACGAAGGAAUCGGUGGCUGACGCUGCGGCUAGUGCCCGCCGGCCGCCGCCCCUUUUCCGCUUGGCCUAGCGCGCGUGUGUCGUUGUCGGGUGCGGCGACGGAGAUGGAGGCGGAGGCUGACGCUGCGGCUGGUGCCCGCCGCCCCUUCUCCUCCCAGCCUCGCGCCUAUGCGUCGUCCUCGUCGUCGGGUGCGGCGGUGGAGCUUGGUCGUCGACGCGGCCCGCCUCGCCCGCACAGAGAAGACAGAGAGAGGAGGAAGGGAGAGAGGGGAAAAGAGAGGUGACGACGUAUCACCUGACACGCGGGUCCCACGUGGGUCCCACGCUUACUCAGCUGCCACCUAGAUCAAAACCGGGACUAAAACCUACCUUGGGUGACCGGUUUUACAUAAUUAAAGGACCCUGCAUAUCUGGUUUUGUGGUUCGAGGACGUUUUCAUAUCCACAAGUUGAGGGACCUUCGGUGUACUUUUUCCCGCCAUUUUUCGCCACCAACUGCUGGCCCAUGUAGCCCACGGGCUGGCAAGGCAAUUAUUAAUCCGGAAAACGUUCACCUGCCAUCAACUUUAAGUCGAGUUUGAUUGGUAUCCUUAAACCACACAAUACCAGAAACCCUCUUCCUUAAACUAUACAAAACCGUAUAAUUUGGGUCCGAUAACAGUAAGGAUCCUGAUUUCACUGACGUGGUAUCCUAGUCAACAAAAGAAAAUAAAAAAAGUAUGUGGAGGCCCACACGUCAGUCGCCCUCUUCUUCCUUCUCUUUUCUUCCUAGACAUGGCCAGAGAAGACACCACGCGCGACGAUGACACUCUCCUUAUGAGUGGAGCGGCUAGGCACAUGUUCGUUGUCUCCACCACCGUGACAAUGCUGGUGCGCCACUGCCACAACUCCGGCCUCGGCCAUGGUGCCGUGCAACUCCGGCAACUCCAAGCUGAUCACCGGAAGGAUGAAUCGCUCCCGAAAAGGAGUCUAUUGAUUCUCUCCCAAUUGGUUGGAUUGUAGGGGCGAUGAUUUGUUUCACAGGCGUGGUCUCUGGUUCAAGUCUAGGAUGGCCCAGCUGCACUAGGGAAAAGAAUAGAAGAAGCAUAUGACUCUUUCAUGCAUACUCCACUUGGCUCAGGGGAUAUAGCGACCGCAAGUUGACGUCGACGAUUCUUCUACCGGAAUGGAGUCUGACGGUGGAGGCGAGCCAGGGUCGACAUCAUCCUCACUGUCAACGGUGGCGCACCCUUUCGCGCGCGCGCUCGUGUUGGCGGACGACAAGGGCGACCGGUGCGGCGGGCGCUACGUGUACGUCCAGGAGCUGCGGGGGCGGCUAGAUCCGUGUGACGGCGGUGCCCACCCCCUCAGCCACCGCCGCUCCCGAGGGCGGGGCAGCCACCUCCACCUCCAUCUCAACUACCUUCGUCUCCACCUCCGCUAUGCCCGCCACCGUAGCUCUCACCCACCACUCACUACCCCACUCGCUCACCGCUGUUCAUCACGCCGCCGCCCAACCCAGUGUCUACCCACCCGUUCCCUCCUCCUGUCACGAGGCACCGGCUAUGGUGGCGGCGGAGCCUCUCAAGGCAGCGGAGCUCGGCCGGGCUCCCCCUCUCUCCUAGGGUCGCCUGCCACCUCCCACCCCUCUGCCGCCGGCGGCCUUCCUCACUGAAGAAGAGGAGAAGAUAAGAGAAAAAAGAAGAAAAGAGAAAAGAAGAGAUGCAGACCUCAUAUUUUUUUUCUUCUCACUUACAAGUGGACCUCAUAAUUUUUUUAUUUUUUAUUUCGCUAACUGGGAUUCCACGUAAGCGAAACCAAAGAUGCAUACUACUAUAGGACCUGAAAUGCACGGUUUUAUAUAGUUUAGGGCAGAAGAUUUCUGGUAUUGGGGAUUAAGAAUAUCAUAAACUCGACAUAAAGUUGAGGGACGGCGGAUCAACUUAUUCCUACUAAUCCUAAUCACAGGUACGUAUUUCCAUACUAUGCUCUAUCCUGAUGUACAUAUACAGCGACUGAUCUGUCUUACGAGUUAAGCACUGAACCGCGAGUGAAUUGUGUUUCCUGUAUCAAUAAACAGUAGCGCUCUUGCCAGAAGAGGCGGCAUAAAACAUUUUUCGUCCGUUUCAUGUUAUAAGUUAUUUUAAUUUUUCUAGUCAAACAUCUUUACACUUGACUAAACUUAUAGAAAAAUAUAAUAGUAUUUUUAACCCAAAACAAACAUAUUAUCAAAAUAUAUUCAAUGCUAGAUUUAACGAAACUAAUUUGGUGUUCGAAAUGUUAUUAAUUUUUCUAUAAAUUUAGCCAAACUUAACAAAGUUUUAAAAAAAUCAAAACGAUUUAUAAUAUGAAACGGAGGUAGUAUAUAAAAGGGAUGCAUUCGGUUCACGAAUGGUGAGAAUCUCUCGUCACAUGGCAAGGGUUACCAAUGUUGGGGACUAGAUCCCUAAUUCUCCAAAUCUCUUUGGAAAAUUUGGAACGAGCGAAAUCGGCGAAUUUUUCGAAACAAGGAGCUAAGCACGGCGACCCUCACCGCAAAGAUUAAAGAAGAGUCAACAACCUGGGGUUCGGUGGGAGCCAAACGCCUAGCGGAGAUGUUGCCUUAGUGCCUAUUCGGUCUUUGUAAAUAUUACUUUUACUCCUUACAUGUAAAUAUUAUUGCUCUCUGCUUUAUUCAAUUAAUGGCAAGUUUUGCCGUCGUUCAAAAAAAAAAAGGAUGCAUUAUCCGAGUAAAGAUACCUCCGAUACUCUUUGCGCAGAUAGCUUCAUAGAGACAAGAGUUCUUGACUCAGCCCAAAGCAGAGUCUGACAGAAAACCUCGAUUUUCUAAAAUCAGAUAAAGUGCAGUCAAUAAAACUGUUACUGGAGUAUCUGUGAGCACAAGAAGCAACAAAUGAUUUCCCGGAACAAUUUUAUUUCUGAUUUCCUAUUUGCGAGGAGAAGACACAAGCUUAUUUUGGAGGCUACAAACAAACUGAAAUGACAUGGCCCGAAUCAAAUGAAAUCU